AUGCAGACUCCACAGAAAAGCCCAAGCCUCAGACCUUUCAAGCAGAGAAAGAGCUUAGCAACCAGAAGAGAGGAAGUUGCUAGAAUCCGAGUGAAGUUCCCCGGCAAGAUCCCGGUGAUAGUGGAGUGCUACCCCAGGGAGAUGCUCCUGCCGUCACUGGACAAGACCAAGUUCCUAGUCACACAGGAGCUGACCAUGACCCAGUUCCUCAGUGUCAUCCGGAGCCGCAUGGUCCUAGGGGCCACUGAAGCCUUUUACUUGCUGGUGAACAACAGGAGCUUCGGAAGUGUGAAUGUGACCAUGGCAGAGAUCUACAGGGACUACAAGGAUGAGGAUGGCUUUGUGUACAUGACCUAUGCCUCCCAGAUGUUUGGCUGCUUGGGGUCAGCAGCCCCCAAGGAUGGGAGCAGCCUUGGGGGCAGGCCCUGCUAUCCUCUAUAA